UGAAUCGGUCAUUUUCUGUACUGACUUGAGAUUGGUGAUCUUUGAUCUCCUCUGGUUUACAUAAAAUUCCAAAGACAGAUGGCUACGUGGCAAUACUCUGCGAUGCCGAGUGGAACGGAGGCAGUUUCCGGUUGCAAUGCGGUGGCGAGAUUCGUCGACUUCGGCCGAGGGAAAAAUGGUGGCGGUGGCGGAGGUAGAAGAGGAACCAAGGUGGAUCGGCUGAUUUUGAUGAGGAAGUGGCAGCUUAGGCCGAUGAAGAGGUCGUUCUCGGUGAGGAAUGUGUCGAGUGAGCACCAGCAGAAGGUCAAAGAUCCGCUAACUCAGCAAGAAGAUGCAGAAUCUCCUGGUAGUCUUCAUCCCUUUCCUCCAGAUGCUUCAUCUAUUUCUUCUAGUAUCAAAUACCAUGCGGAGUUCACCCCAUUGUUUUCCCCUCAGAAGUUCGAGCUUCCCAAGGCUUAUUUUGCAACUGCACAAAGCAUUCGCGACGCUCUCAUCGUAAACUGGAAUGCCACAUAUGAUCAUUAUGAAAGAUUGAAUGUAAAACAGGCUUACUAUUUGUCAAUGGAAUUUCUACAGGGUCGGGCUCUGUUGAACGCAAUUGGUAAUUUGGGGUUUACUGGAGCUUAUGAAGAGGCUUUGAGCAAUCUUGGACACAACCUAGAAGAAAUAGCUACCCAGGAGCCAGAUGCUGCCCUAGGGAAUGGAGGCCUUGGUCGACUUGCCUCCUGCUUUCUGGAUUCGUUGGCAACAUUAAAUUAUCCAGCAUGGGGUUAUGGGCUUAGAUAUAAGUAUGGCUUAUUCAAACAGCGUAUUACGAAGGAUGGGCAGGAAGAAGUUGCUGAAGAUUGGCUUGAGAUGAGCAAUCCUUGGGAAAUUGUGAGAAAUGAUGUCACAUAUCCUAUCAAGUUUUACGGAAAGGUUCUUACAGAUUCAGAUGGAAAGAAACACUGGAUUGGAGGAGAGGAUAUAAAGGCUGUUGCUUAUGAUGUCCCAAUACCAGGGUAUGAAACUAAAACCACAAUCAGCCUAAGACUCUGGUCAACAAAAGCUCCGUCGGGAGAGUUUGAUCUAUCUAUGUUUAACUCCGGAGAACAUACCCAAGCAGCUGGGGCCCUAUAUAAUGCUGAAAAGAUUUGCUAUGUACUCUACCCCGGGGAUGAAUCUCUUGAAGGAAAAACCCUUCGUUUAAAGCAACAAUAUACCCUGUGCUCAGCGUCUCUACAAGAUAUAAUUGCACGUUUCGAGAGAAGAUCAGGAACGAAGGUCAAAUGGGAGGAGUUUCCUGAAAAGGUUGCUGUGCAAAUGAAUGAUACGCACCCCACACUUUGCAUUCCAGAGCUGAUGAGAAUUUUGAUCGAUGUGAAAGGUCUAAGCUGGAAAGAGACCUGGAAUAUCACCCAAAGAACUGUGGCAUACACAAACCAUACCGUUCUGCCUGAGGCUUUGGAGAAAUGGAGUUUAGAACUUAUGCAGAAAUUGUUGCCUCGACAUGUGGAGAUUAUAGAAAUGAUAGAUGAGGAGCUAGUCCGUACCAUAGUCUCAGAAUAUGGUCAAGCAGAUUCUAACUUACUGGAGAAGAAGCUGAAGCAGAUGAGGAUUUUAGAAAAUGUUGAGCUGCCAGCUGCGUUUUCUGAUUUACUAGUUAAACCCAAGGCAAGUCCUGUUGAUGUUUCCACUGAUGAACUUGGUGAAUCUGAAGAGGAGGAAGAAGAUGAUGAAGAAGAAGAACUUGAGCCUGCUGGUGGGAAAAGUAAAUAUGUAAAGGGAGGCAUUCAGGGGAAGAAAAAGAAGAUCCCGGAACCCGUACCAGAGCCCCCUAAGUUGGUUCGUAUGGCUAAUCUAUGCGUUGUAGGUGGUCAUGCAGUGAAUGGAGUUGCUGAGAUACAUAGCGAGAUAGUAAAAGAUGAAGUUUUUAAUGAUUUUUUUCAGUUGUGGCCUGAGAAAUUUCAAAAUAAAACAAAUGGGGUCACACCAAGAAGAUGGAUCCGUUUCUGCAAUCCAGACUUGAGUAAAAUUAUAACGAGCUGGACAGGCUCUGAAGAUUGGGUUUUAAAUACAGAGAAGUUAUCUGAACUUAGAAAGUUUGCAGAUAGUGAGGAUCUUCAAGCCCAGUGGAGGGCUGCAAAAAGGAACAACAAAUUGAAGGUUGCAUCCCUUAUUAAAGAAAAGACGGGCUAUACAGUAAGCCCUGAUUCAAUGUUUGACAUCCAGGUGAAGCGCAUCCAUGAGUACAAGCGUCAGCUGCUGAACAUUUUGGGUAUUGUUUACCGGUACAAGAUGAUGAAAGAAAUGAGUGCUUCAGAAAGAAAGAAAAAGUUUGUUCCACGUGUUUGCAUAUUCGGGGGAAAAGCAUUUGCCACUUAUGUUCAAGCCAAGAGAAUUGUGAAAUUCAUUACUGAUGUUGGGGCUACGGUUAAUCAUGAUCCUGAUAUUGGUGAUUUGCUGAAGGUUAUUUUUGUUCCCGACUACAAUGUGAGUGUGGCUGAAUUGCUUAUCCCUGCAAGUGAGCUAUCACAACAUAUCAGUACUGCUGGGAUGGAGGCAAGUGGAACAAGCAAUAUGAAGUUCGCGAUGAACGGUUGCAUUCUAAUUGGGACCUUGGAUGGUGCCAACGUCGAAAUACGAGAAGAAGUUGGAGAAGACAACUUUUUCCUCUUUGGGGCUAGAGCUAACGAGAUUGCAGGGCUUCGGAAAGAAAGAGCUGAGGGGAAGUUCACCCCAGAUCCUCGGUUUGAAGAAGUUAAAAAGUUUGUGAGAAGUGGUGUAUUCGGUUCCUCCAGCUACGAUGAACUGUUGGGAUCAUUAGAAGGAAACGAAGGUUUCGGUCGGGCAGACUAUUUCCUUGUGGGCAAAGACUUCCCUAGUUAUAUAGAUUGCCAAGCAAAGGUGGAUGAAGCAUAUAAAGACCAAAAAAGAUGGACAAGUAUGUCGAUCAUGAACACUGCAGGUUCUUACAAAUUCAGCAGUGACAGAACAAUCCAUGAAUACGCCCGGGAGAUUUGGAACAUUAAGCCUGUGGAAUUACCAUAGUUUGGCCCACACUUUUUCAACUAUGAGAGCUGUCCUGUUAAUAAUAAUCUGCUCUCUGUCAUUACUGUAUUUGAAUUCCCAUGCAACGAAAACAUGUAAUAAUUGAAGUUCAAUAAAAAAACUGAAUAAGAGCCCCUUUAUAUUAGCAUG